AUGGCGGCCGCUGCCCUCCCGCCGACGUCGCUGCCCAGAGAACCCGACGCUCUCCCGCUCGACAGCGUGCCCACGCCUCGCCUCGCACGCCAAGGUCCCGCGACGGCAGCGCCAGCAGCGAGCGCACUCGUCGACAGCGACGUCCUGAAUGCCUGGAGGUGCUGGUGGAUGGAGUACUCGCUGGGCCACUUUGAAGAGACCGCGACUCCUCCGGCAACUCUUCAGCAACUCCUCGACAAUCCCGGCGCGAACUUGAAGGCGGGAGAACCGUCGUAUGCGGGCAACUACUCGGGUGGGCCAGAGACGGCGGAACAAGCCCUCGAGUUCUACGCCCGGCACAAGUACAUCCCUCCGCCCUACUCGCCAGACGAGCGGAAACGAGUCCAACUCGUCCACAAGUUCCACCUCGAUGGUUCAACGCCUCUCGUCGCCGUAUCCGAGCUAUGCGAACUAGUCCGCACCUUCUUCGGCCCCGACAUCACGGUCCUCGCAACCAGCUUGACAGCGUCAAGAACUUGCCUCAUCGGCAUCUCGCAGUCUCCGCUGGAUGACCUCGACUGGCAGACUUCGCUCGAGGAGAUCGAGUCGACAUGGUGCUUGUGUCGACACGGGAUUUUCGCGGGCGAGGACGACGCCUUUGUCGUCCUCGACACGGCGAAAGACUGGCGGGUCGGCAAUAUUCCUCUCUACUCCGAGUCGGGCAAGCUGCACUUUUACGCCGGCGUCCGAAUCAGCCUCCCCUUGGACGCUCUCGACGACGACACAAGCGGACCUUCUCGACAAAUCCCCAUCGGCACUCUCUGCGCCGUCAGCCACAAAGCCCAGCGCGAAGUCACGCAGCCUCAGCUUACGGCACUCAAGACGCUGGCGCGGCGGAUCGAGCGCGAAAUCCUCGUUGAGAACGAGGCGAGGCUGCGACGACGAGGACAAGAGCAGGCUGCGUUCGUCUCCGAGUUCUUGCAACUCACGCUCGGUGGUUCGGCGAGUCCGUCAAAGGCCUCGCCUGGGAUGGAGGCGGUCUUGAGCGCGAACCCGAACGACCCUCCUGCGCCAUCCAGCCCGACUAGCGCAGCAUUCAUGCACGCCGCCCAGCGCCUAUGCGACUUGACAGGCGUCUCGAGCGCCGCUAUCGUCGACACGCGCUCCUCGACCGCCUCGCCGCAGAAUUCGGCAGGAUGGUGUCCCGAUUCCUUCGGCAGCGCACGAAGACCGCGGAUCGUCUACCGCGCCGAGACGCCUGAGGGAUCGACGUAUGAGAUCGAGGAGGGAGUCGCGCCGCUUGCGGUGUUGGGACAGGCGGGCGUGCCGAAGGAGCAGCUUGAGAAGGCGGAGGUGUUGAGCAAGGAGGAUCUGAGGAAUUUUGACAAUUCUGUGAGGCGGCUCAGAAUCAGUCAACACGGUGCCGAUGCUCUACCCGACAAGAUCCUCUCGCACCUCGUCGUCGGCAAGGCCGACUCGACUCGCUUAAUCCCCAUCUUCGACCACAACCAAGCCCUCGCCCUCCUCAUCCUUGUCUCCCUUCCCGACCCGUUCCUCGAGCUCGGCGAUGGCGACCGCACCUUCGCCAAAAACAUCGGCUGGGUGUGCCUGUCCGCCCUCAUUCGCGACCAGAGCAGCGAGAGCGACAGGACAAAGCUGGCUUUCGUCUCGAGCAUCUCGCACGCCUUGCGACUUCCGCUCCACGGACUCGCCGGUCAGCUCGAGUUGAUGCGCGGCGCAGGCGCAGGCGUCGACGAGUACCUCCGCGUCGCAGACGUCUGCAUGGACUCGCUCCGCAGCCUGCUCGAUGACUCGGUCGACUUCUACAACCUCAAUGACCAGCCGACGACGCAGGCGACUUCGAGCUCGUCGAGCGAGAUUGUCGACCUCGCCGAACUCUUGCAGGACGUCACGGCGCGGUCGCUCACUCGUGCUGUCCAGCUCGCGCAGCAAGAAGGCGAGGAUGCGCCCGGUACGAAGGACGUCCGCGUCGUCGUCGACAUUGCUGCCCGCCAGAACGGCUGGCUCGCACGAUCGAGGCCGAGCGACCUCGGUCGCAUCUUUGGCAACGUCAUCGAGAACGCCUGGUCUUACACCGAUGCGGGCCAAGUCACGGUCUCGCUUCAAUUGGCGGACGGAACUUUGACGAGUCGACCGGGCGAACAGCUGGUCAAGGUCAGCAUUGCGGAUACCGGCCGAGGAAUGAGCGAGGCAUUCCUUCGCAGCGGCAAGCUCUUCCAGCCUUUCCGACGAGCCGACGCAUACGUACCCGGCAUUGGUCUGGGUCUCCCGCUCUCGAGUCUGCUCGUCGCCCAGCAUGGUGGCCAGAUCCACGUCACGAGCGUGCCGGCCAAGGGCACGACGGUCGACAUCCUCCUCCCCAUGCUCUUCGUCGCCUCUCGCCCAGUACCUGCCAUCCGCCGCACGCUCUCCGACGAAAUCAUGACGGCCAGCAAAGCCUUCUCGUCUUCCGGAUCCGCCAAGUCGGACUGUCCCAGCUGUCGCUCCUCCCGCUCCUCCAGCCCGCCAUCGAGUCGCCCGACAACGCCGGACGAGUCGCCCGCUCGGCAUGACGAGCCCUCCAAGCAGAAAGACUCGUCGAAGCACAAUUCGGUCACCUUUGGCGAAGCCGCUGCGCCUGCGACGCGAAACCGCCCGCUCCGAGUGCUCGGGUGCGAGGACAACGCGAUCGCCCGCAAUUUGCUUGCUGCCCUUGUCAAGCAGAAGGGAUACGAGUUUCGCGCCGCUGCAGACGGACAGCAAGGCGUCUCGAUCUUCCGCGACGACUUGUACCGCCCAGACGUCACGGUCAUGGACAUUGGCAUGCCUGUCAUGGACGGACUGGAAGCUGCGACGGUCAUGCGCGAAGUCGAGCAGGCGAACGGCUGGCCUCGUCAUCGCAUCAUCGCUCUCACCGGCCUCUCGAAUGAGCAAGACCGCGUCAAGGCGAUGAGCAACGGCGGACCCAUCGACGAGUGGCUGCUCAAAGGGGGCGACAGCCUCCGCGUCCUCACCGCCGAGCUGGCUCGCAUGCAGGCUCAGGUCAACGACGGCGACGCUACGACGUGCAUCUGCACCCCAAGCCGUCUCUCUUCCUCCCCCGAACCUCUUUCGGCAUGA